GGGAGUGAGGGUCCUACGACCGGAAGCCGGAAGCCGGAAGGGGGGCUGUGAGGACGUGUUCUGAGGGAGCCCGAGCCGGACCCGGCGGGGCCGGCGACAUGGAGCCGCUGUACCAGCAAACGCACAAGCGGGUCCACGAGAUCCAGUCUCACAUGGGACGCCUGGAGACAGCAGACAAGCAGUCUCUGCACUUGGUAGAAAACGAAAUCCAAGCAAGCAUAGACCAGAUAUUCAGCCAUCUAGAACGUCUGGAGAUUUUGUCCAGCAAGGAGCCCCCUAACAAAAGACAGAACGCCAAACUUCGUGUUGACCAGUUAAAGUAUGAUGUCCAGCACCUGCAGACUGCUCUCAGAAACUUCCAGCAUCAGCGAUACACAAGGGAGCAGCAAGAGAGACAGCGAGAGGAGCUACUGUCUCGCACCUUCACCACUAACGACUCUGACACCACCAUACCGAUGGACGAGUCACUGCAGUUUAACUCCUCCCUCCAGAAAAUCCACCACGGCAUGGAUGACCUCAUUGGAGGCGGGCACAGUAUUCUGGAGGGACUGAGGGCCCAGAGACUGACCUUGAAGGGGACUCAGAAGAAGAUCCUUGACAUUGCCAACAUGCUGGGCUUGUCCAACACAGUGAUGCGGCUCAUUGAGAAGCGGGCUUUCCAGGACAAGUACUUCAUGAUUGGCGGGAUGCUGCUCACCUGCGUGGUCAUGUUCCUGGUGGUGCAGUACCUGACGUGAGCCGGCCAAGCCCAGCAACUGAACAGCAUUCCCACUGCGUGAGAGUGUGUGUGAGAGAGGGGGCCCAGAGGCUACCUUUUGAAAUGUAUGUCCGUCUUAACUGUGAAGACCACUUGGAAGUAAUUAUGAUCUGUAACCUGGUGGGAAUUUCAAACCUGCUCUGUUUUCUGUACAUCUUGGAGGGGAAGUUAGUGCUACCAAGAUGCGUGGUGCUUAGGAAAUGAAAGAAGUACCUGUUCUCUCUCACUGUUACUGUCACUCUCACUGGGGGAGGAAGUGAUGUAAGGGUAAGGGAUGAAGAAGGAAGGGGGAGGAAGAGAAUGGCUUUGGUGGUUUUGUCCACAGAGUUGAUGCACGCCCCAAGAGGACUUUCAUGGUGAGCCUUGUGGACAGGAUUGUCCACACUUGGUCAUCAUCCAGGCUUUCUGGCUCCUAGGCUGGAGCAGAAGUGAAGAGAGGAAGAGAAAGAGGCCCUCUUUUUAUGUGCCCAGUAUAGUAGAUGGAUUCACAUGCCCUCCCCCCCUGCCCCAAAUGACGUACAGAUGACUGACUGCUAAUACUUGUCAUCCUUCCCUGGAAGCAGCUACCUAGAGGAAACAGAGGCAUUGACGCUGUUACUGACAAUGAGUAAGACUUUCCACAUUACAAUCGUUGGGUGUUUCUCCUUUCUAAAAUGAGGCCCCUGUUAUUCCUGGGAGUGUUCAGUCUUGAGACUGAAGACCCUAGUCACUGAUUUUUUUCCAGUUAAUAGAAUUGUUGGCUUUUAAGGUUCCAAGAAUGCAGCCUGGCACCCAUGCCCAGGCUUUGGUGAGGCUUUGCCCCUUAGAAAGUAGCUGUGAGAAAAGGUUAGUAAUUUGUCAAUUACAGUCUCAUCUCUAGUCUUAGCAUCUCUAAUUCUUUGGCUCUCUUCCCUUCCUUGAAAUGUAGUAGCAACUGUCCACCAAGCCCCCAUUCUCCCUGGCCAGUGUGAGCAGAGGCCACCCUGGAGAUGUCCCUGGUGCGUAUGUCCUUGUGAGACUAUUUUCAGGGACCAGGACCUUUUUCUUUCUGUGACCAAUCCUGGAUUAAGUCUGUAUCAAUACCCAGCGUAUUGUGGAAUUUAUUUUAAAGCCAGUCUGUUUAAUGAGUUUAAUUGCUGAAAGUACCAGAAAGACCUGGUUAGCAAAUUUUUUCAUCUAUCAUAACAGGCCUUACCAGCCCUAGACUCAGUAGCCUCAUGGCAAUACAAAAAAUAACACUCAAAACUUCCCAGAAACACUGGAAACCUGGUCAAUAUUAACCCCACCUUGAUUGUCUUGCCCCACCUACUUCCUGUCUGUGCUUCCUGUCGUUUGGACUAUCUUCUGUCCUCCCUUUUCUGUAUGUGUUCUGUUCCACUUCCCUUAUUUACCUCCCACCUGUUUCUGUAGCAGUAUUGGUCUUUUCAGGCACAUCUGUGGCGUGGAUCCCCUUUUGAUGAAUGUUUCUUAAUUGUCACAGAUUUUUAACAUUAGUUUCCUGGUUACUGAUUUCACACUUUUGGUGAGAUCACUAUUGCUCCUACCCCUCUGGGCUAAACAGGGGACCUGGGUUUCCAAGAAAGGGGGAAUCCGUGACCCCUUCGUGAAAGGAUUGAAGGCCUUGCCAGAGUGAAAACUGUGGCCUGGAGGGUGGAGAGAGGGAUUCAGGCAUCUUCAGACCUAAUCUAACUUUGGGGAAGCACAGUUUGAAAUUUCCUUCACACCCAGCACCCCUCCUCUCCCAGGGACCCAGCAGAGGGCUCUUAGCAGUCCAUAAAAUGGAUUUUCAAACUGCGCAGCGCUGGGCAACUGAGGAUCCUGCCAGACAGCACACUUUGGGGGGAGGUGGACAAGGAGCAGCUAAGCCAUUUGGACUUGAACUGUGGGAGGAGGAAACUCCCCCCACCCUCCCUUGGCUGAUGUGACAGCUAUUUGUAGUGAACACCAGUGUGCUCCACACUCGCCUUUGUAGUGAUUGUUGGCCUUGAUGAAGCAGAAGUAAGGCCUUCCUUCAUGCUGCACCUUCAGAGCCAUUCUCCCUACUUUGUAAUAAAAAUGGUGGAGGCAGUUUGUGGGUCCUUACUGCCCGGGGCUAAGGAACGGCAGCCACAGUGUGUCUGGAGACCCAAGGUCACUGAGACCUCAUGUCAUCGUGUGAUUGCCUUCCCUCUUUCACAAUGGCUUUCAGUGACCUGUGAGAAACACACCUUGGCCAAGUGGGUGCUUCUAUCUCCACAGUCCCCAAUGUAGGGAAGCGUUCCAGGCCAGGGAAGGAGCACCCUCUAGUGGAGUUGGGGUGAAUUCUUAGGUCGCGCUGGUGCAAGAAUCUCCAGAAAGCCUCUGCUGUCUGUACACACAGGAUUUUGGUGUGCCUCUUGUGUUUUAAGACAGAUGGGUGUCAAGGAACUUGGGAAUAUCUUCAUUCUGUGGACCUUUACUCUAGGUGUGACCCCCUAAGAAAAGCCAAACUCAAAGACCAAGUGAGUAGGAGAGUCUCGAUCUUACAGAAGCCUUCACUGCUAGGAUUUUUCCUAAGUCCUUUGCCCUGAUGAGUUUAAAUGGGUUUGAUUUGCAGAUUCGGAUUGACACCUAUUGUUUUUGAAACACAUCAGUUGAAUAAAGUGAGAUUUAUUUUAUUUAGAAAAUUA